CAACGCGCAAAACGUUAGCUAGGAUUAGUCAAUAGACGAUUGCACACCACAUGGUUUAAACUAUUUCUGGAUUUGUGAGGCGACAUCAGGAUCCAGGUCACCAUGGUUCGCGGGUCAACUCUUCUUCGUUCCCGGACGCCAUUACAGGGUAAAAUCCUGUGAAUCAGGACAAUUAAUUAGGCUAUAAGUACCCCAAGUACUGCUAGUGUCUUGGGUUUGUCCUGAGGAAGAUGACUGACCUUGCGGCGCCGAUGAAUAUGAAUAUGAAGAGGAAGGGUGUUGAGGUGGUGGCCAGCCAUGGAUUCUCCAUCUUCCUUGAUCCUAAGAGGAUCAAACUAGAGCUGCUGCCUCCAUAUGGUAUGGAUGGCAUGAUUCUGGACAUGAUGGAAGAUGACGAACCACCGGCACGUGCUCUAACUCCUACUGCUAGUGCACCAACCAUGGUCCAUGAGAAGGUGAACAUUGUAUCUGGGGGCAAAUCUUCAGAGCCACCAUUCAAGUUCAGUGAAGAACAGGACACUGCUGCAGCGACACCGAUGGACGUCGAGGCAGAAGCCCAACAACACCAGCCAUGCCGGAAUGCUCCUUUCUUUUCGGGUUUCUUCUGAUUUCCCGAGUGGCACUCUACUGAAUAUAGUGGUGUAAGCGUGUGGCCAGCAUAUAGAUUGAACAUAUCUGUUUCAUGCAGUGUAUUGCUAAUCUUUAGUACCACCUGGACUAGUAAAUGUUGUUAAUCUACCUUUUUGAA